GCUGUUCAAAGCGGUGUGGUGCUGAAGAGACAACGCUCCUCUCCUCUCACUCAGCCAGUCAGUCGCUCGCUCGAUUGCUCGGUUGCUCCGUAGCCAUCAGCUGCUCCGUGGACGCUGCUGCUGCUUUUUCCACCUCCUCAGAGAUCCUUUAUCCAUCACUUUUAAUCUGCACCGUUUACACCGCGCCUCGAAGCCCAUGCGGGAGACGUUUUUCCAACAAGUCCUGAGGAAACGGUGAUGUGCAGUCAUAGAUCCACCAUCAACAGAAAAGCACUCAUCAUGGAUACCCCCUACCUCCACACUGUGCUCCUGGACCCGCCCUGUAGAGGGUGUGAUUGCUGAGGGAGUGGUAGUGACGCUGAGACGGACAAGCUCGACAAGAAAAAUCACCCAAACCAUGUAGUAUACCUCUCUCCAAGGAGGGGGAGGGUCUACAUUUGAGUCUGAUUUAUUUUCUAUUUAUUUGUGUUGAUGUGAAUUCUGCGACAGAUUUGUGUUUGCUUGUUUAAAGUGUGUGUGUGUGUGUGUGGGUGUGGACAUAGCGUGCAUGGUGAGGAGAAAGUUACAAGAAAGAGAGAGAAAGAAAGAAAGAGAUGGUCCUCCACACCACCCCUUACUCCAGUGCCUGUCUGCACUUCCUGGAUGGCUUGUCGUGGAGCCUGGUGUUCCCCUGCUACUGGCUCCUGGACCGGCUGCUCGCCUCCUGCGUGGCCACAUCGCUGGAGAAGCGCCAACGCUCCCAGGAUCCCUGCUCCUUCCUCACCUUGUGUGUGCUGAUAUCUGCACCCCUUUAUCUGCUCCUCCUCUUCGCCUCGCUGCCCUUCGCCCUGCUGGGCUUCAUCAUCUGGGCUCCCCUGCAGGCUGUCCGCCAGCCCUACCUGUACACCUACCGCAGACCAGACAAACACCAGGCCGAGCAGGGCCAGGCUGGGCCGGGGGGUGUUGGCAUCGGGGAAUGGAGGCCACAGGGCAGAAGCUUCUGUUUCUGCAGUGCCAACGUAUGCCUGCUGCCCGACUCCCUGGCCAGGUUUAACAAUCUGUCAGACACACAUAGGAGAGCCAGGGAGGUGGGGAAGAGGAUCCGCAACGGUGCCAGUCGUCCUCAGAUUAAAAUCUACAUCGACUCACCGACCAAUACUUCCAUCAGUGCGGCAUCAUUCAGCAGCCUUGCCACAGGUUUCCGCCGUACCUCCUCUCUAGACCAGCGUCCAGACCAAACACACACCACCAAUGGCCCAGCUGACACCGAAACCGAACCCCUCACCGAGUGCCCAAUUCACCCCUCAGGUGCCACCGACUGCCCUGUUCACCCCUCUGCAGGAGACCAGGGUUCCUCUGAAUGCCCCCUUCACACAGACAGAGGAGACGCGACAGCAGACUGCCCCCUUCACUCCCACUCUGCAGAGACUAACGGCAGCUCGGACUGUCCCGUUCACACCUCAGGGGAACCUCCACACUGCCCCAUGCAUUCUACGGGGGCUCAGAGUGGCCAAAGCCAUCAUGACUGUCCCAUGCAUGGGGAAGGGACCCAGACAAAACAAUCCUCAGACUGCCCCCUUCACACCUCAGGGGUUCAAAUAAGUAUCAGUGCCCCAGAGCCAGACCCACAGGAGGAGGAGGCCAAAACAGGGAACCAUCGGCCUGGGGAGCAGGCAGGGGGAGACACAGGCAGCAUGACUGCCUCCAGGGAAUCCCUUGCUCGUUACCAUGGGGGUGAAGGUGGCAUAGGGAUAUCUUCUAACAAUACUCUCUCUCACGUCCCUCGCACGUCAAUCUUUAAGCGCCCGGGACGAAAACGUCGCCACGGAGACGAGACAUUCGACCAUGAGAUCUCUGCCUUUUUCCCCGCCAACUUGGAUUUCUUGGCUCUACAGGAAGUGUUCGACCACGGAUCGACGGACAGACUGCGGCGGCAGUUGCACCGCUACUUCCCCUACGUGCUGACUGAUGUUGGCCGGUAUGGUUGGAAAGGCUGCUGCUCAAGGUUCAAAUUCCUGAACAGUGGACUGCUGCUGGCCAGCCGCUACCCGAUCCUGGAUGCACGGUUUGAGUGCUACCCCAAUGGGAGAGGGGAGGAUGCACUGGCUGCCAAGGGGGCUCUGUUUGCCAAGGUUCACGUGGGCACCUCCCAUCAGGAGCAAAGAGUAGUGGGAUAUCUCACGUGUACACACCUCCACGCCAUUGAAGGUGAUUCCUCUGUACGCUGUGAGCAGCUGGACCUGUUGCUCCAGUGGGGGGCUGAGUUUCGCCAAUCCUCAUCCCAACCACCUGAAGGAGAGAAGGUGCUGGAAGACCUGGUGGCCUUUGAUGUCAUCCUGGGAGAUCUCAACUUUGAUAACUGCUCUUCAGAGGACAAGCUGGAGCAGCAGCAUGCACUUUUUACUCAAUACAAGGACCCAUGUCGCCUGGGGCCAGGGGAGGACAAACCUUGGGCUCUGGGUACUUUACUGGAUCCCAGUGGCCUUUAUGACGACGAGGUCAGCUCACCUGAAAGUUUACAAAAAGUGAUGGAGAACGAGGAGGGGAGGAAGGAGUACUUGGUGUUUCCUCCCAGUAAGAGCCAAUGUCCUGCCAGCAGUCAGAAGGGCAGGAAGAUCCCACUGAAGGGCAACGGACGCCGGAUUGACUACAUGCUCUACAGCGACGAGGGCCUGCAGCCGGACUGGAAACUGGAUAUCGAGGAGUUCAGCUUUGUCACCCAGUUGGCCGGCCUCACUGAUCACCUGUCUGUGGCCAUGCGAUUGGCUGUUUCCACUGGGGAAGAGGAGCCUUAGUUUGACUACCUGAGCUUUUUUUUUUUUUUUUAAGAAAUACUGCCACGGAGGAGUGACAGACAACCAGGAAGAGAAGAGGAGAUUAAGAGUUUACACACAUGGAGCUGCUUUGAGAGGGACAAAAUGCAGUUCUAUGAGAGGAUUGAAGACAGAGUGAAAUGCAUCACUGGAGGAGCACACAGUGGUGAAUGCAUAUAAAGAAGGUAGAGGAAAGAUACAGACUCUGGAGAGGAGAGAUUAGUAGGGAAAUUCAGUUUGGAAAAGGCAGAAAGAGAAUCAUCUUCCUACCACACACAAACACACACUAGAUACAGUACCUAACACACAAACACAAUUGAUCGACAUUUUGACUGUUUGAAUAUUGCUUGGCAUCUCCACUCUUCUCCUCCACCACUCCGAGUCGAACUGAAAUCAGAGGUUUUUAUUUACAGUGAAUUGUUUUAUGUAGCUAAUUUACACACACUCCUUUUAUUGGAUCCCUUUUAGCUGUAGUGUACGUUUCUUUUCUUUUUUUUAUUAUUCUACCUUCAGGGACAGUUGAUCUUCUUAGUGACUAUGUAUAAAAGGAAAACACAUAAUUUAAGUGAUAAGAGUGAAGCGUACAGCUACUGUCUGGCCUUUACAAUGACCGUGUGUGUCCUUGUGUCGUGCUCCUUCCUGAAUGGCCGUUCGUUGGUCGUUCACCUUACUACUCCCACAUCAGUCCCAGGAACCUCAACAAAGUGUCUUUUUUU